ACAUUGCCGCGUCAUUAGAAUUGACACAAAUGACGUAAAAUGCUGCGCUGCUGCAUCGGCGCUCGUUGGAAUGACCCGCCGGGGAAGGAGCUGCGGAUCCGUGCGGGGCUUUUGGUUCACGGGUUCACGGGCGGAGGAAUGAGGAAGUAGCUGCUUCACGGCGCCCGGCCGGGCGUGCGGUGGAGCGCACGCACGGCGGGACUCUCACGCGCUCACGUCAGUUUUCCUCCCCGUUGAAGAGGCCGCGGCGUCCCGGCCGAGCGGGUCGGGCUGCAGGCGGCCUCUCGCAGCGGUACCGGACCCGCUGCCACAUGGUCACGAGCAGGAGGUUCUAGAAGGCUAUGAAUUCCUCUGAGCAUGGAGAAGUUUCAGAAGAAGCAAUGCUUGAGAAAGAACACAACCACGUCCAGGACGUCAAGGAGGAGCCAGAGGACUUUGCCGUCUGCGUGCUACCUGAAGGACUCCGAGGAGGACCUCCCGCAGCCGCUGCUGAACAGCCACCUGUGGGGCCGGGCCCUUACACAAACCAGUCCUCCAGUUGCAAGAGACCCCGGCUCUCUGGCGAGAUGAGGCAGAGCGUGGUGGACGAGAGCAGCAGACACGAGCCCCUUUGCCUCACCACAAGCGGGGAGCGGAGGAAUUACGUCCAGCCGAAACCCAGGGUCUCCCACAGGAAGCCUCUCUUCAGCAUCUCCCACAGGAUCUCGGAGAAGAGGAACACGCCAAGCGUGGAGCAGCAGGCCGGGCACGAUGCCGCCAAUCAGCUCGACUACGCCGGCAUCCUCUCCUCCAAGCUCCAGAGCUCCUGGGGCAACGGCCCGUCGGAGAGCCUCCCCUCCUCAGACGCCUCAGGCCAAGCCUCGACCUCGGACACCAGCCUUUAUCCGCUGAUUGAGAAAAUGUUUCUCAUCCUCAACACCCUCAAUUCAAGCAUGACCCAACUGCACAGCAAAGUGGACUUGUUAACCCUCGAGGUCAUGCGAAUAAAGAAGCAGAUCAAGCCCGCCGAGAUGGUGACGGAGUUCCAGCCGCCCCCAGAAUAUCUGCUAGCAAGUGACGAACUGAAGCAGCUGAUGGAGCAGACGUCGAGCGCCGGGGAGCUCGGGUGCCGGCUGCUGGUGCACCUCUUCCCAGAGCUGUUCAAGGCCAGGGACUGCUCCCAUGAAUGCAUGGCGAGCAAGAGGACACUGGAGUCCCUCCAUCUGCAGCUGAUCCGCAACUACGUGGAGGUGUGCUACCCUUUGGUCAAGAACAGCAGCGUCUGGCAGGAGGAGUGCCUCCUUCAGAUCAAUGACUUGUUCAAUCGCUUCUGGGCACAGAGGGACAUGGAGAGCGCUCGGCUGCUGAGGAAGCAGACGAUCACAGGCGCCGUGAUAAAGGCGGAGCAUCCUCAGACCUACCGGUUCAUCAACGAGGAGGGCCGGGAGGAGCACGUCCCUUUGAAUAACCAGCAGAGCGGCGCGGCUCCGUCGGACCUGGCGUUCAACGCGCUCGACGAGUUCUCCUCACCCGAGGAUUUUGUUGUUUUUCUCAUGCACCGUCUCUUCCCGGAGGUUUUUGAAGAAGGAAAAAUGCCAGAAGGCUCCGGCCGAUUCAGUAGUGUGGGGCAGCUAAUUCUGGACUCUGACAAGAUGGAAAUCAUAAGGAAGUAUAUGGAAGCCAAUUUUCCCGAUGUCCCUGAAGACAGCUGGCUUCAGGUGUGUAUUCAGCACAUGGAGGAUGCUCUGGAGGGUCCUCACAGUAAUGGCAACGGGAGCGACCCAGACAAUAUCAACGAGGAAGGUUACGACCUGGGCAGCCAUCCCGAGGAUGUUUCGAUCAUUACGGUUCCAGAAGCAGGUGAUAACGAAAGGCCCGGUCGCAAGGCCAAAAAGUCGCUGCUUCCGUCUGUGGAUUUUGACGAUCUCGAGGUUCCUCCUCCGGAUUUCCCUAUUCCCCAAGAGUACCUCCUGUCCAGGGAGCAGCUGAAGAGCAACUAUGAAUGUAGCCUGUCCAUCGGGAACUUUGCCUCUCGCCUGCUGGUGCUCAUGUUCCCCGAGCUCUUCACCCUUGAGAACGCGCGAAAGCAGUACAACUGCAGCGGCUCACUCGGGAAAAAGCAGCUCGACCCCGUUCGCGUGAACCUCAUCCGGCACUACGUGCAGCUGGUCUACUCCCGGGCCAAGAACGACCGCGUGUGGAUGUUGGAAUUUGUGGGCAAGCUCGACGAGAGGUGCAGGAGGCGCGACACGGAGCAGAGGAGGUCCUAUCUGCAGCAGCGCAAGGUGUACGGUCAGGAGUCCGAGCAGGACUUCCUCUGCCACCUGAACCAGCUCAAUCCGGACGGCCUGAGGGAGGAUCCGGACGCUCCCUCUUUGCCCCCUGAGAAAAGCAGCAAGGACUUCUGUAAGAUCCCCCUGGACGAGCUGACUGUGUCCACGCCGGACUUCCCCGUGCCCCUCGUCUACCUGCUCGCAGACUCCGAGGUGCGAGAAAUCGUCCAGCAGAGCCUCUCCGUCGGCAACUUUGCCGCCCGCCUGCUGGUGCGCCUCUUCCCUGAGCUCUUCACUCAGGAGAACCUGCGGCUGCAGUACAACCAUUCGGGGGCCUGCAACAAGAAGCAGCUGGACCCGGUCCGCCUGCGACUGAUCCGCCACUACGUGGAAGCGGUGUAUCCUGUGGAUAAGAUGGAGGAGGUGUGGCAUUACGAGUGCGUGCCAAGCAUCGACGAGCGCUGCCGGCGCCCCAACCGCAAGAAGUGCGACAUCCUCAAGAAGGCCAAGAGGUCGAGCGCUGUGUCCUAGUUAUAGUAGCAUUCAGUUAUGCAACACUUGGAAAAAAAUAAAAUAAUAUUGCACAGUAUAUAAGCUGAAACCGCUUUGUUGAACCUUUUUCAAACUGUCCUAUGUAGGAUUUGAAGUUUCUUCAAUACUAUUCUUAGUCCUCUUUUACCUUGUGACUACAGCGGUAGAUGUUGUAGUUUGUGUAGUCUCAUUAUUGUUGGAUAAAACUGCUUCUAUUUAUAAGCCCAAAUGGUCAUAGCUCUUCUAACCAACUGUUGAUAAAUGUUGUAGCCUUAAAGGAUGACAGUAGCUAAUAGCGUAGGCCACAUAUUUGCCCUAUGGAUAGAAAUGGAUCACAAUGAUGUGAUGCGUUUCCUUUGCAGUUACCGAUGUAGCAUUGUGCCACCACUGUUUUAAUAAUAAUGUGCUUAUGUUAAGCCUUCUUAUAGAAGUUUAUAUUAUGAAGAUUUAACGUGACAAUGGAUCAUGACAACCAAUUUCUAAUAAAAUCACACUUAUAAAUAUGA